GAAUCUACUAGUGAAAAUGUUUCGUAACCAAUACGACAGUGAUGUGACAGUGUGGAGUCCACAAGGACGCCUACAUCAAGUAGAAUAUGCCAUGGAAGCAGUAAAAUUAGGAUCAGCUACUGUAGGCUUGAAAAAUUUAACACAUGCUGUUCUCAUUGCUUUGAAGAGAGCAUCUUCAGAAUUAUCAGCCUAUCAGAAGAAGAUUAUACCGAUAGAUAAGCAUAUGGGAAUUAGCAUCUCUGGCUUGACCGCUGAUGCAAGGAUUUUGAGCCGUUACAUGCGUACUGAAUGCUUGAAUUAUAAGUAUUCCCACGAUGACACGCUACCUGUGGGUCGUUUGAUUGCAUCAUUGGGAAAUAAAAUGCAAACAUGCACACAGAGAUACGAUAGGCGUCCGUAUGGCGUUGGUCUACUCGUAGCAGGAUAUGACGAUCAGGGACCACACAUAUAUCAGACGUGUCCUUCAGCGAAUUACUUCGAUUGCAAGGCAAUGGCUAUAGGAUCUCGUUCUCAAAGUGCCAGGACGUAUUUAGAGAAACAUUUGAGUGAAUUUUUAUCGUGCGAUCUCGACGAAUUGGUAAAACACGGUCUCAGGGCGUUACGCGAUACUCUGCCUAAUGAAGUCGAUUUAUCUGUGAAGAACGUAUCCAUCUCGAUAGUAGGAAAGGAUUACGAUUUCGCCAUUCUCAACGAAGCCGCGACAGCUAGUUACUUGUCUGAGAUCGAAGGAGAUGAUAAACGCGGCAGACCUGUAGAGCCGAGUGUGCAAGAUGAUAGUAGACCUCCGCAGGAUCCACCUGCCGAUGAGGGUCCGCAGGAACCUCAAGUUGCUAUCGCUAUGGAUACAGAUUAAAUAAUAAUAUUAACUGUAUCCGUCUCAUUUUCUUUCUCUCUUUCUGUCUAUCGUAUACAAUUCAUAUAAGAAUUAAAGUUGCAUUUUAUUAUUGAA